AUGGCCGAGGAACAACAGCAGCAGCAGCAGCAGCCGCCGCCGCAGCCCCCCGACGCCCCUCCGCAGCUGCCCCCGGGCGCCCCCAACGCGGGGGUGGCGCUGCCAGCCCUGGUGCCCGGGCUGCCCGGGAGCGAGGCCAGCGCGCUGCAACACAAGAUCAAGAACUCCAUCUGCAAAACUGUACAAUCUAAAGUGGACUGCAUUUUGCAAGAAGUUGAGAAGUUUACAGACCUAGAGAAACUCUACCUCUACCUUCAGCUGCCUUCUGGUCUCAGCAAUGGAGAGAAAAGUGAUCAGAAUGCCAUGUCGUCUAGUCGGGCACAGCAAAUGCAUGCCUUUUCCUGGAUUCGGAAUACCCUCGAGGAGCAUCCUGAGACUUCACUACCCAAACAGGAAGUCUAUGAUGAAUAUAAGAGCUAUUGUGACAAUCUUGGCUACCAUCCAUUAAGUGCUGCUGACUUUGGAAAGAUUAUGAAAAAUGUCUUUCCAAACAUGAAGGCACGUCGUCUGGGCACAAGAGGCAAAUCUAAAUAUUGCUACAGUGGACUACGAAAGAAAGCCUUUGUCCAUAUGCCAACACUGCCCAAUCUUGACUUUCACAAAACUGGAGAUGGGCUGGAAGGAGCCGAACCUUCUGGGCAGCAAAAUAUUGACGAGGAAGUUAUCUCUUCUGCUUGUCAUCUUGUAUGUGAAUGGGCCCAGAAAGUGCUGAGCCAACCUUUUGAUACAGUCCUGGAACUAGCCCGCUUUCUCGUGAAAAGUCACUACAUAGGCACCAAGUCCAUGGCAGCUCUAUCUGUGAUGGCAGCAGCACCACCAGGAAUUAAAGGAAUUACCCAGCCUUCUGCUUUUGUACCUACAGCUGAAAGUAAUUCCUUCCAACCUCAAGUGAAGACUUUACCAUCUCCUAUUGAUGCUAAGCAGCAAUUGCAGCGCAAAAUACAAAAGAAACAGCAAGAACAGAAACUACAGUCCCCUCUACCAGGAGAAUCCUCAGCAAAAAAAUCAGAAAGUGCUACAACCAAUGGAGUGACAAAUCUUCCUAACGGAAAUCCUGCAAUCCUUUCUCCUCAGCCCAUUGGUAUUGUUGUGGCUGCCGUCCCUAGCCCCAUUCCGGUCCAGCGAACCAGACAGUUGGUAACUUCUCCAAGUCCAAUGAGUUCUUCUGAUGGCAAAGUUCUUCCCCUCAAUGUUCAGGUGGUCACUCAGCACAUGCAGUCUGUGAAACAGGCACCAAAGACUCCUCAGAAUGUUCCAGCCAGUCCUGGUGGGGACCGUUCCGCCCGACACCGUUACCCUCAGAUCUUGCCGAAACCAGCCAACACCAGUGCACUCACCAUCCGCUCCCCAACCACUGUCCUCUUUACCAGCAGUCCCAUCAAAACUGCUGUUGUGCCCACAUCACACAUGAGUUCUCUAAAUGUGGUGAAGAUGACAGCAAUAUCCCUCACACCCAGCAACAGCAAUGCCCCCGUUAAACCCUCUGCCUCAGCAAACAGUGCUACAGGAACAACAGAAGAAUCUAGGACCUUCCCACAGAUCAAAAAUGGUUCUGUUGUUUCACUUCAAUCUCCUGGAUCCAAGAGCAGCAGCAGUGGGGGAUCAUCUGCAGUGGAAGUCAAGAUGGAACCUGAAAUUUCAUCAGAUGAGCAACAUCUGGUACAGUGCCAAGAAAAUUCUGAUGGGACUAAAACUUCUAAAGUAACACCUAGUGCCCUUCCAGGACAGAAAAAUAAUACAGAUGGUGCUGUGCAAAAACCUCCAAGUGAAAGUGGUGUUGAAGUCAAAGCAAAUAAGGUCUGUGACCAGAGGACCAAAUGUAAAAGUCGUAAUGAAAUUCAGCCAAGCACUUCAACAGGCAAUAAUCAAAGCCCCGUUGCUCUCUCAGUUGCCACUCCAAACUUAACUUUCACCAGCACCAACUCACCAUCUAAUGGUGACUCAAUAAAUAAAGACCCUAAAUUAUGCACUAAAAGUCCACGAAAACGACUGUCUUCUGCAUUGCAAGAGUGCCAGAUGCCUCCUGUUAAAAAACCAAUUGUGGAUCAGCUUUCUACAGUUGUUGUAGAAGAUCAGAAACCAGGCAGUGUUAAGAACGACCAAAAGGUUCCACAUUCAGGGAAAACAGAAAGUGUCACAGCAGGUGCUCAACUCCCUAAUGCAGUGUCAGUAAAUGUCGAGUCACACAUCCUGGAAAACCAGUCCUUGAAUUCUUCUGCUCUUCUUUCCACUGACUUGGCUUCAGAACAACCAGCCACACCAUCAUCAUCUCCAGAUAUUAAAGUAAAACUUGAAGGGAGUGUCUUUCUCUUGGACACUGACUCAAAAUCUGAUGGCAGCUUCAAUCCAAAUGAAUGGCAACAGGUCACCAAGGAUUCUGAGUUCCUGUCUGCCAGCUGUGAAGAACAGCAGGCUGUCGGCGUCGUUACAAUUUCUGAGCAUCCUGAUAUCAACGACUUAGAGAAAUCUGUUUGGGAAUUAGAAGGUCUGCCCCAGGACACAUAUACCCAGCAGCUGCACAGCCAGAUGCAAGAAUCGCCUCUUAGUCAGACACAAGCCCCAUCUUCAGACCAGUUACCUCUCCAGUCCGAACUGAAGGAAUUUGAGCCUUCAGUCUCUCAGACCCAUGAAAGCUACUUUCCUUUUGAUGAUGAACUCACACAGGAUAGUAUUGUGGAGGAACUGGUGCUCAUGGAACAGCAGAUGGCAAUGAACAACCCUCAUGCUUACAGUAAUUGUCUAGGAAUGACCCUUCAGAGUCAGUCAGUAACUCCUGGGGCCCCAGCAUCCUCUCACACCCCCAGCACCCACUUCUACCAUCCAAUCCAUAGUAAUGGCACUCCGAUCCACACACCCACACCCACACCGACCCCUACCCCCACACCUACACCCACACCCACACCCACCUCGGAAAUGAUUGCUGGCUCUCAAGGUCUGUCCCGGGAGAGCCCUUGCUCAAGACUGGCCCAAACCACCCCUGUGGAUAGUGCUCUAGGAAGCAGCCGGCACACACCAAUUGGGACUCCACAUUCUAACUGCAGCAGUAGUGUCCCACCCAGCCCUGUGGAAUGCAGGAAUCCAUUCGCUUUCACUCCAAUAAGCUCCAGCAUGGCAUACCAUGAUGCUAGUAUUGUCUCCAGUAGUCCUGUGAAACCAAUGCAGAGACCCAUGGCCACACACCCUGACAAAACCAAGCUUGAGUGGAUGAACAAUGGGUAUAGUGGGGUGAGUAAUUCAUCGGUAUCUGGCCAUGGCAUCCUCCCAAGUUAUCAGGAACUAGUAGAAGACCGUUUUAGGAAACCUCAUGCUUUUGCUGUGCCAGGACAGUCCUACCAGGCUCAAACCAGGCACCUUGACACUCAUUUUGGCCGUGUAACUCCUGUCUCUCCUGUGCAACAUCAGGGUACCACUGUGAAUAACACCAACAAACAGGAGGGUUUUGCUGUCCCUGCUCCUCUUGACAAUAAAGGAACUAAUUCAUCUGCCAGUGGCAGUUUUAGAUGCCGGAGCGUGAGCCCUGCUGUUCAUCGCCAACGGAAUCUUAGUGGCAGCACCCUAUACCCUGUAUCUAAUAUCCCCCGAUCCAAUGUGACCCCAUUUGGAAGUCCUGUAACCCCAGAAGUUCAUGUUUUCACAAACGUUCCCGCAGAUGCAUGUGCCAAUAACAUAGCUCAGAGAAGUCAGUCGGUUCCAUUGACGGUCAUGAUGCAGACAGCCUUCCCAAAUGCACUUCAGAAGCAAACAAACAGUAAAAAAAUAACCAACGUUUUGCUGAGCAAACUGGAUUCUGACAAUGAUGAUGCAGUAAGAGGUUUGGGCAUGAACAACCUGCCCUCCAAUUACACAGCCCGGAUGAAUCUCACACAGAUUUUGGAAACUUCAACUGUUUUCCCUAGUGCCAACUCACAAAAUAUGAUCGAUUCCAGCACUUCGGUUUAUGAAUUUCAGACACCAUCUUACCUCACCAAAAGUAAUAGCACCGACCAGAUCAGUUUUUCUCCUGAAGAUAAUCAAGCACAAACCGAAAUUGGAGAGCAACAGUUGGACUUCAAUAGCACUGUUAAAGACCUGUUGGGUGGAGACAGCUUGCAACCCAGCCAGCCACUGGUGGGUCAGGUCACAUCUGAUCUCACUAAUGCUGCAUCUGAUUUCUCUAGUGACAUCAGAUUGUCUUCUGAGCUCUCAGGCAGCAUCAAUGAUUUGAACACUCUAGACCCAAAUCUACUGUUCGAUCCAGGUCGCCAGCAGGGACAAGAUGAUGAAGCUACACUGGAAGAAUUAAAGAAUGACCCAUUGUUUCAACAAAUUUGCAGUGAAUCCAUAAGCUCUAUGACUUCAUCAGGUUUUGAAUGGAUAGAAAGCAAGGACCAUCCUGCUGUUGAAAUGUUGGGUUAAAUUGUGUUUUAUAAUAUGUAGCACACUGUAUCUAAAGACAUAUGUAUUGUAUUUGUCUUAAUGGAAGUGCCUCCCGCAGCAGAAACACUAUUAAUUGUGACAUUUUAAAAGAGUUUGCUGCAGAAGUGGUUUCUUCUUCAAGUAGGAAAUGGUUAGACUUGCCUCAGUUCUUAAUAAUUUCUGGAGACAGUAGGCAAUAGAAGAACAAGUAUUAGGUUUUAAAUUUUACAAUGUUCCCCAUUUAAUCACAUUGUUUGCUAGUAAACAAUUGACUAACUGGCUUUUACAAGAGCAAUCUAGAUCUUUAUUUUGUAU